ACGGGCAAAAUUUGGCCCUUUUCCACAUUCGCAUUUUGUUUUUACAAAUACAGGCUUACUGCUUACAGCGGGAAUUUUCAUGUACCAUAGCUUUUCUCUAUCCAGAAUUGUAUCAUUCGAUCUUUGCCAUCUUCGCAUUUAAUUAUUAAAGGGUUGAAUACCCUAGCACCACACUGAUCUUGCGGUUAUCCAGUAGCGUUUGUCUGUAGGAAGCGCAAGUGGUUCACGCAAGGAUCGGUUGCGCAGUAGCGGUUUAAUGAGGAAAAUGAUUCAUGUGCCGAUGGAUGACGAGCCGCGAUGGCACGGCAAUGCCAGCCAGCCAAUAAUGCCCAUACAAUCCAAUUACCGUGGUGACAGUGUGCGCGAACCACUACUGCAGCAUCACGGUGCCGUGCACCAUCAAUCCGCGAACUCCAGCUCGCAGGGCUUCUGCGUUAGAGUUCGUGGGAUACCGUUUCAGGAGUCGGAAUACACCGUCAUGAAAUGGUUCAAUGAUCGGGGCGUCCGUAUUCGUAAUGGGGUUCUGGGUGUGCAUUUUCUCUACAACGACAAACGGCAGUGGUCCGGCGAUGCGUACAUCCAGUUGGAAAACGAAAAGGAUGUCGAAGCGGCGCUGUCGCACAAUGAGGGGCAAAUGAAUCAUCGCUACUUGGAAAUUUUCCGCACUGGUGCGGAUGAAAUGGAUUCAGCGUUGAAACGUUCUCCUUUUUAUCGUUUGCCCAAUGACUAUGCCGUGAGACUUCGCGGCCUAGAAUACAGGGUUACGAAACAGGAUAUUCGAGACUUUUUCCAAGGGCUGGAUAUUGCUUCGGGUUUGGACGGGAUAUACAUUGUUGAAAAUCAAGAAGGGCGGCCAACGGGGGAGGCUUAUGUGAUGUUUGAAAAUAAAACAGCCGUUGAACAGGCUGCUCAGAAGCAUAAAGAAAAGCUGGGUCAAAGGUACGUAGAAAUCUUUUUGGCCAGCUCAUCACAGAUUCGGGAUGCGCGGGAAUUCUAUCCGGAUGAACGGGAUCCACCGGGUCGGGGAUAUCGCGGCUACAGCGAGGACCGGUAUUCCGGACCACCGCCUGGCCCCCCGCAGCGCCGUGGGCAAAGCCAUUUCGGCGGUGGCCAUGCCGUGCCGCAACAAUCCGGUUGGUUUGAUGAAGAGUAUCGCAAUGAAGAUCGCGGAUACCGGCAGGAGGGUAAUGGGCACCAGAAUUAUGACCAAUAUAAUGCUGGUAGUGAUUAUCGGCUGUAUAUGCGGGGACUGCCUUGGGUUUGCACGGAACGAGAUAUUGAGCAGUUUUUUUCUCCGAUCCGGUGUGGCAACAUAACCAAAAAUAUGUCAUCGUCAAACGUUUUCGACGGUUCAGCUUGGGUGGAAUUCGAAAACGAAAAUGACUUUGAAGCUGCACGGAAGAAGCACAAAACCAAUAUGGGCCAUCGUUACAUUGAACUCUUCACGGAAGAAGAAGUGGACGCCAAACGCCUGCGCACCAACCGCGAUCGCGAACGAAAUCGCGCCCCACCACCGCCGCCAGCCCGACGGACGCAUAGUCCCUCACCACGACGGGGUGGACGGGGCGGAGGGGGUGGCGGCCGCGGGGGUCGUGGUGGGGGAGGCGGAACUGGAGGACAGCGGCGGGAUGAUGGAAAUCGGCGCGACAUGGACCGCCGUCCACCGAAUGCACGCCAAGAGAUUCGGCCUCAAGGCAAUCAACGCGGUCAGCCAACGUUCACCUACGUACCCACGACGGGAGGUAUGAAUACUCGGCCAGCGGGACGACCAGAGGUCGGCUAUGGAUCGGAUUCCCCGCAGCAGAUCCCGGUGUCCUACGGGAACUUUGGCUCACCCAUGGGGCAGAUGGGUGGGAAUAGUUUCCCCAAUAAUAACGCGAUGGGGAUGAUGUCCUUAGCGUCGGCAAACGCUUUCGAAGCCGGUGGCAGGUUCGCAGGGGAUAUGACGCCUUUCACUGACCAAAUGUUCCAGCAAAACCUCAAACCGCUGGGUUCCGCAUCUCACAAUCAGGGAUAUAACAGCCUGCUUCCUCCACCACAUGGCCAUAUGCCGUUCGCUGCAGUGACAUAUCCUUAGCGACGUGAAAUUUUCCUGGAUCUAUUAACGUCCUUGGGUCAUCUUUGUUUGGUUUGGGCGGGCUGUUUUGUAGUUUUGGGUGGAAUAGUAUAGUGUUUUUGACAUGGAUUGUAUUCAGUUCAAGGUUUUAUUGUUUUUUUCGCACAUAUUAUUAUUAUUACUGACUUCAUGGUUAUUUACAAUACACGAUCAAAUUUCAGCAGAAAUUCAUUUUCAUAGAAACUGAACAACGUCGCUGCUUGUCUUUUUCUAUGGAUAACGGAAAUAUGAACCGAAACACCACUGG